GAUGCCCGGACCUCAAGCCGGAGGAACAAUGCGGACCAGCGCCCGUCGCUAGGACUCCUGGCUGGUGGCCCAGAACCAAGAUCCUCCGAGAGAGGGCAGCCGUCAUAACCCCAGCCCAUACAGAAGGGCCUUUGACUCUUAUGUGCUUUUUUAUUUUUCCCUUUGAAAUGAGCAAUCACGGAAACAAAUAAAGGGUUAAUGGGCCCGUCGCUGCCCCGCCCCGUGGGAGCUGGAGGGAGCAGGUUUGAAAGUUCCUGUGCGCAGAGGGAAGGGGGAUAACUAUUUUUGCUGAGGCUAAAGACGUGGUAGCACCGGCUGCCCCAGCCUGGGGGACUCCGGGGUGAGGAACUCCCCCCUCCCCCCGCCCCGGGGCCUCUGCCAGGGCCGGGAAGGGACUGCGAUCAGAGCCUGGAGGCAUCUUCCUGGGCUGUCAUCAUUGAGCAGUCAGGGACCCGGGCGGGUGGCCUCCGGGGCAGAAGUGAAAGGUGGCUGUCCUGUGGGUCUACCGGACAGCGAAGCAGUUUAGGCUUCGGUGCCCCGUCUCAGCACUUCCAAGGCUAUGCGAGAACGCAGCCAGGACAGCCAGGCAGGACUCGCUCUGUAUGUAGGACUCUUUGCGCACCUGGGGAUGCUUCACAGGGCCAAGUACAGCCGCUUUCGGAACGAGUCCAUCACGUCUUUGGAUGAAGGGAGCCCCGGAGGCUCGGUUGGAAACAAGGGCUCGUCGCCGCCUCCCUACCCAGCCCUGGCCCCUCACCUGCCGGCUGAAGAUGCCGCUGUGCCCACCCAAGAAAGCCCCACUACGCUGUGCACCUUGAUCCCACGUAUGGCCAGCAUGAAGCUGGCCAACCCAGUCACUUUUCUGAGUCUGAAAGCCUUUUGCCUGGGUACCAAAGAGGUGCCUCGGCUGAAGCUCCAGGAGAGCCAGGAUCAAGCUCCAAGCACUCCAGCUUCCCCAGAAACCAGUCUAAAUAGGACUGGUCCUGCUCCUACACCGCAUCCGGACCAGGUGGGACACGGGGCCACCCCCUUGCCUCCUGAUGCUUGCCCACUGCCUGGCCCUGGACAGCCAACCCCCAGGAGCAGGCAGGACAGGCACUCUGUGCAGCACCUGUUGGGGUCCGGUCUGAACUACUCUGUGAGGUACAUGGGCUGCAUUGAAGUGCUACAGUCAAUGAGGUCUCUGGAUUUUGGAAUGAGAACCCAAGUUACAAGGGAAGCAAUAAGCCGCCUGUGUGACGCUGUCCCUGGGGCCCACGGAGCCAUUAAAAAGCGAAAGGCUCCCAUUAAGGUCCUGUCAACGGUUCUUGGCAAAAGCAAUCUUCAGUUUUCAGGAAUGAAUAUAAAACUGACCGUUUCAACAUGUAGCCUCAUACUGAUGAAUCUUGACAACCAACAGAUUAUUGCAAAGCAUCAAAUGCAAUCAAUUUCAUUUGCCUCUGGAGGGGACCCUGAUACCACAGACUAUGUUGCCUAUGUAGCUAAAGAUCCAGUCAACCAACGAGCAUGCCACAUCCUGGAAUGUCACAGUGGAAUGGCCCAAGAUGUCAUAAGCACCAUAGGGCAGGCCUUUGAACUCCGAUUCAAACAGUACUUGAAAAAUCCUUCCUUGAACACUUGGGAAAGCGAGGAGGUACAUGUUGAAGGCACAUCUGAAGACAGAGAUCAUGACUAUUACAACGCAAUUCCAGGGAAGCAGCCACCUGCAGGCGGCAUUUCGGAUGUGCGGAUCAAAGUUCAAGCUACAGACCAAAUGGCUUACUGCCCUAUCCGGUGUGAAAAGUUGUGCUAUUUACCCGGGAACUCUAAGUGCAGCGGUGUGUACGAGAACUGUAUGGGACAGAGCGGAUCAAUAGGUAUUCCCCAUGAGAGCGGGACGCACAGUGACGCUGCGUCCACGAAGGGCUGUCGAGUGGAUCUCUUUGAUGACCCCUGCUAUGUCAAUACACAGGCUCUGCAGAGUACCCCUGGCUAUACUGGAAAUCAAAGCUCAACUCAGCCACAAGGGAGCCCGUGGCACCUUGGAAAGGCACCAGAAACUGUGCAGCCCAGAGCCACAGCCCAGCCUGUGAGCCCACACUCUUUGCCACACAUCAAGCAGCAGCUGUGGAAUGAGGAAUGCUUCCAUGGCAGGCUGAGCAGGCGGGCAGCGGAGAGGCUGCUGGUGAAGGAUGGGGACUUCCUGGUUCGAGAGAGUAUAACAUCUCCUGGCCAGUAUGUGCUGAGCGGACUACAAGGUGGCCAGGCAAAGCACCUCCUCUUGGUGGAUCCCGAAGGCAAGGUGAGGACCAAGGACCAUGUGUUUGAUAAUGUUGGCCAUCUUAUCAAAUACCAUAUGGAUAAUAGCUUGCCAAUCAUCUCUUCUGGAAGUGAAGUAAGCCUUAAACAGCCAGUAAGAAAAGGUAAUAAUACAGGACUUUGGCAUUCCAGGAAAUGACAGCUCCAGACACUGUGGCAGUGACGUCAGAAGAAUAUCCUUUUUGUGUCAGGGACAAUGACAAUUCAAGCCUUUUCUCCAGAUGAAAUAGAACACAGACUGUGAAACAUGUCUCUCUGAGACCAUCACGGACUAUGUCUUUUGUAAAAGAGAGAACUAAUAAAAUACCCUCUAAAUAUGAA